AUGGCUCCUGAGCCCAAGGCAGCAGGACUGUGCUCAGGACCUGGGGCAGGAGGGACUUACAUCAACAGUGGGGGGAGUGGAAUUAGGAAGAGUACUGCAACUAUUGGGAUCGAUUUCUUGUCUAAGACCAUGUACCUGGAGGAUCGUUCAGUUAGGCUGCAGCUAUGGGACACCGCUGGCCAGGAGCGCUUCCGAAGUCUAAUUCCCAGCUACAUCCGGGAUUCCACUGGUGCUGUGAUUGUUUAUGAUGUUACAAACCUCAGCACCUUCUACCAGACAAGCAGGUGGAUAGAUGAUGUUCGGGCAGAACGAGGUGAAGACAUCAUCGUCAUGUUGGUAGGGAACAAGAAUGACCUGGGCCACAAGAGGCAAGUUACAUCAGAGGAGGGAAUACAAAGAGCCAGGGAAAUGAAUGUCAUGUUUAUUGAGACUAGUGCCAAAACUGGACACAAUGUCAAACAGCUCUUCCGACAAGUGGCUGCUGUUCUUCCUUUCAUGAAUAGUGUCUCAGACCAAAGCCAAGGCGAAAUGGUGGAAAUCAUCCUGGAGAAGCCCAAUGAGCCAGUUGCUGAAGACGGCGGCGGCAGCUGCUGCUGCUGA